ACGAGGCGGUUGACAGUCCUUGGCGAAAUCCUGGGCAUCGAAGAACAAAACUCGGGCUUCGGAGGCCUUUCCACGUUUCGUUACUGCGCGCACGGUUGUUUGGCCCCUUCGCAGCUCUAAAUAUGAAUAUAGUGGGUAGCCCGGCGAGGCGGCUGAGGGAAGAGGGAAGAGAGGAUCUGCCGGCGAUUCCGCUCCAAGAAGCAAGCUUAACCAAAACGGGGUAUGCUGAUCGUCGGGUGUCUUGUCCUGAGGGCUGUACUCCGUACAGAGACCACUUAGCCCCCUCCGUGACACAGGUGAGGUGGAUUCUGCAGCUUCGAUGGGCCGCAACCAGAGUUCGUUUUUUGGAUGAUCCCCGGUUUUUUUUGACUUGGUGUGUUCAAUCUCUUGUCUCAGAAAUUUGUCACUGUAGCAUGUCCAACGGGAUGCGAGAUGUUUAUGCUAUGUUAGCUGCGCCACAAGCGGGUUCCGUCCUCACGUUCGACGUCAGGAGAAAGACGACUUUUCUUCGCAGACGAAGAGUGCAGAAGCCGAUGGUAAUCAAAGCGAAGCCAGAGCCAGGCAAAAUGAUAAGUGUAUGAUAUCAUAUCGGGAGUUUCACCGCCGGUGAAGUCAAAUGUCCAAAUCAUCCACUCAAAACGGCCUGCAGCGCUGCACGAGUAAGCCGAGUAACCGCUCGUCCAGUUUCGCUGCGAUCAAUGGUGGUCAGGGAUCCAGCCCAAACACUGUCUGGGUGUAUAAGGACGGAACACCGUAUCCUAGCUAUGGGGCAGAGAAGUGUCACUACCCAUGUGAGACGUCUUCCAAUCGCACAACACUCUGCAUCGAUCUGAUUGCAACGCAGAGAACUGCGGCAGCGCGUUUAUCGCUAAGCAAGCGGGGCAAUAUCAGC